AAUCUCAAGGAAACAAUAAGUUAGCAAAACAUUUAAAUUAAAAGCAAAAACACAAAUAAGUUUUAACUGAAUUUGUUGUUUAAAUGGCAACUAAAGACAAGAAUCGCGAUGGUAUGGAUAUUCUUCGUAGGCGUGGUUUCACAAAAUUUGAUCCGUUAGACUCUGGAGGUCAGGGAAACGUUUAUAAGACGAUGAAAGGCAAGACUGUGUACGCCGUCAAAGUGGUACACAUCGAUGACAAAGAUCGCAACAAUCAUCAACUGGAGGAAGAUCUCAAACGCGAAUUGGCUAUCAUUAAGAAUGUAAGACAUGUAAACUGCAUACGAGUAGAGGAUCUGUUUCGUACACAACAUAAGGUUUUCAUUGUUAUGGAGUUUAUGCCCAACAAAAGUAUUGGCGAUGAAGUGGACACCAAAAUGGCGCCACUUUGCGAAUGGAAGUCAAAAGUAUACUUCACUCAGAUUGCCAGUGCCAUCAACUAUCUGCACCGACACAACAUUGCGCACCGGGACCUCAAAUUGGACAACGUAUUACUCGAUAUCCACUAUAACGCCAAAGUGUGUGACUUUGGCUUCAGUCGAUUUGUGGUAAAAGACACGACUGGACGCAUUCGGCGGAGCACAUCCUAUGUGGGAACGCCGUCAUAUGAGGCACCAGAAGUGCUUAUGAUGCGACCGUACGACCCAUUCAAGUAUGACGUGUGGUCUUUGGGUAUCUGUUUGUUCAUUAUGUUAAACUACGACUACCCGUUCAAUAGUGACGAAGACAAUCAAAAAGUAAUCGACAACCAAAUGAAGCGCAAGUAUCAGUUUAAUGUCAAUGUCAACAAAAAGCUCAGUCCAUUGGCCAAAGAUCUGGUGAAAAAACUACUGGAACCCAAUUCGGAUAUUAGGAUCUCCAUAGACAAUGUAUGCAAACACCCCUGGGUGCCCAACUGUUUCCAUCAACUCAACAACAGUUAAUCACUAUUUAUUUUAUCAAUUAUUUAUUUUUUACUGUAUUAUUAUUAUUUAAAACAUUUA